GCGUGUGUCUUGCUGGGACACAGCUGAGCUCUGCGGAGCGGUCGGGUGUAUUCUCCGCUGGCCCCCACGCCAUCGAGGCCCCCGCCUCCCGACCCAACGGCGGAGCCAGCCAGCGGCUCCCGUGGCGCCCUCCCGCACCGGAUCGCUCCUCGCUGGGGCGGGACCUGGCCCCACGGCUCCGGUCACUAUGAGUGAAACAUCUUUUAAUUUAAUAUCAGAAAAAUGUGACAUUCUAUCAAUUCUUCGGGACCAUCCUGAAAACAAGAUUUACCAGAGGAAAAUCCAGGAGCUCAGCAAAAGGUUCACCGCCAUCCGCAAGACCAAGGGGGACGGGAACUGUUUCUACCGGGCCUUGGGCUACUCCUAUUUGGAAUCUUUGCUGGGAAAGAACAGAGAGAUCCUCAGGUUCAAAGAACAUGUCCUGCAGACCCCAAAUGAUCUUCUGGCUGCCGGCUUUGAAGAGCACAAGUUCCGAAACUUCUUUAAUGCUUUUUACAGUGUGGUCGAGCUGGUGGAGGAGGAUGGCUCCGUGUCCAGCCUGCUGAAAGUGUUCAAUGACCAGAGCUCCUCGGACUGUAUCGUGCAGUUCUUGCGCCUGCUCACCUCCGCCUUCAUCAAGAACCACGCAGACUUCUUCAGACACUUCAUCGAUGAGGAGAUGGACAUCAAGGACUUCUGCACUCAUGAAGUGGAGCCCAUGGCCAUGGAAUGUGACCACAUCCAGAUCACAGCCUUGUCUCAGGCACUAAAUAUUGCCCUGCAGGUGGAGUACGUUGAUGAGCUGGAUACAGCCCUAAACCACCACGUGUUCCCUGAGGCUGCCAUCCCUUCCGUUUACCUGCUUUAUAAAACAUCACACUACAACAUCCUUUAUGCAACUGAUAAACGCUGAUUAAGUUUAGACGAUGCAGUGGAGCCUGUCACCUAACAGGAUUGCAUUCUGAAUGGAACAUUUGGCUUUUCAAUUCUUUAAGCUAUUUAGACUGUAAUUAUAAAACGUACAGCCUCCUGGGCACAAUCGCUGGGAAUGAGGCUAUCCACUAUGGACCGUGGAAACUUAGCAGUAUUUUUAGUAUUUAUUUUCGUGGGGACCAAAUACUUUCCUACUCUGGGUAGGAAGCGAGGACCCCUGGCUCUGUUCCCAGUUCCCUGGGAGGCCUGUAGAUCACCUUUCCCCUUUGGGCCUGUUUCUUCAUCUGGAGGAGAUUCCUGCCAGUGUUGACAUUCUAUUGUGUAAAAAAGAGGUCCUCUGUUUUUUCACCGGGGGUAGUACCUCUCUGUAGGUAGUCAUUCUUGAGAGAGACAGGCCAAGUCAUCCUCAUGGUCUUGCUCUUGGCUUCCCCCCUUUUUCUUUAUUAAGGUAUGAUUGAUAUACACUCUUAUGAAGGUUUCACAUGAAAAAACAAUGUGGUUACUAGAUUUACCCAUAUUAUCAAGUCCCCACCCGCACCCCAAUGCAGCUUCCUCCGCUUUUUCUCUCACAAAACCACUGGCCAAAUCCAAAGGGAAAAGCUCAAGGUCAACUGACGUACAAGUUCUAUAAAAACAACAGCAAGUCCAAAUCAGCUGUUGGACUGGACUUCGGUGGAUGGCUGACUGAAGCACUGGCCAGUCGAAGUCAACUUGAAUGCAAGGGCCUCAGUGUGGUUUCAAAUAUCCAUGGUGGGAGUGUUUUCUUAUCCCCAGUUUAAGGAAGAAAAAGACUUUUAUGCCAAAGUCUAGAAAGGGGCCUUCAGCCUUCAGCAUGAAGCUCAAGGUCUUGGAGCCCCCGCUACCUCUCUCAGGGCCAGGACUGCCUGCCUUUCAAAGGGCAGCCCUUUCAGGAUUCUGCCACCAGCCCCAGGACAGAGGCUUGAGAAAGACUAGGGUCUGGGACCGGGAAGCUGUCUCAUCAUCCCAAACAUAUCCUGGAAGGAGAAAGUAGAUACUCAGCCAAGUGGAGACACUAGCACAUGUGGCCAUAGACUCCAGCUGAGCACCACAAACAAGCUUUGCAGGGUUAUCUUUGGCUUCCUCCCCCUCUUCCCCUUUUGCUUGGUUUAUGGCUGGUGAGAGGUUAGGCGGGAAGGAAGAGAGACAAGCUAAGGGAACUGGCAGUGGGGGAGAUUCCCACUUUAGAAACUGCCUGGCAGCCAAGAGCCCUGGUUGGCAACCCCCUUGCUCAUCCACCUGGACAUGCCACUUAGUAACUUCCCCACCUUGCUGCCUCAGGACCUCCAAGAGCCCUACCGGGCUGGGGCACUGCGCUCUUCGUCUGCGGAAGGAAAUGGAGAAUGCAGGGGUGUGGAACCCUCUGGGGGUACUUCUUAAUCAAAGGACUUCUCACAGGCUCCAUUCUACAGGGAUUUAUAAGAACCUUUUGGUGCUGUGAUACAAGUCUGCCGACAGCCAGACUACAGGCUGUGCAUGAGGACUGGGUAGUGGACUGUUCUGAGUCCCUGCAUACAAACAUCAGGUUUGUACUCUCUUCUACCUUUGUGAAGACAGAUGUCAGGGUGCUUCAAUUCCAGGCAGGGACCCAGGUUCCCAUACUGCCCUCAGCUGGAAUUUGAAACCAAUGUUCAAACAAAGUGAUUAUGUCACUUUUCCACAGGAAUGCAAACCUGACCUUGCCCUCUGAAUUGGUGCAGGUCCCACACUGCUCUAGGUCAGAGUGCUAGGUUCUCUGCCAAGUGCCCUGGAAGACUGGGGGAACAUGUCACAUGAUUUCUGAGUAUCAGGAUCCCCGUUUCCAAACAAAGGGUGUGAAUACAUGGUGCCCAGUUAAACACCCUUGGCCGCUCCACGAGGCUGUGAGCUGGGCCCCAAGCCCCCAGUCGAGCUCUCAAGCACAGCAUAAGCAGCACUGGCCGCCAUUUUUCUGCCAAUGUGGCUUGAGUGGCGCUUACAAAAGCAGAGCCUUUUCUUUGGCAUACUGGCUGAGGAAAUUCCUUCUUGAGACCUGCCUAUGCUGUGUUUCCAGGCCCGAGAGCCUGCUGGCGAUCCUACGGGGCUUCCUCCCAGGAGAGAUGCCAUUAGUUUAGAACCAGAAUGCCCGAGACAGACAGGCCAAGUCAUUCUCAUGACCUUGCUCUUGGCUAAACCGUUGGCCGAAUCCAAGCCACUCUCUCUUCCCUUCACACCCGCCCUCAGAUCUUUUCUGCAGGAAAGCACUGUGGAGAAAAAGGAGCAUCAGAAUUCCAUGAAAUUUGUCGUAACUUGUUCAGACCAUCAUCCAUAGAAAUGACCUUAGUGCAGCAGCCACACUUCCUGCAUUAUUCUCCGCCCCACCCCAUAAAGCCACUGCUUUCCAGAGCAAAACCUAACAGGAAAGUUGCUCAGAAAGUGUCUUUGUACUGCACAUUUCCUUCUUUCCAGAGACACUUAGCAACAAAACGUGCAGCUGUCCUUGCGUUUGACUGGGUUCCUAUUUUAAGCACAAAGGGGCUCUGGAGCCAGACUGCCUGGGUUCAAAUCUCAUCUUUGUCAUUUAAUAGUUAUGUGAUCUUGGCAAGUCAGUUCACCUCUCUGAGCCCCAUUUCCCACAUCAGUGAAAUGGAGACAAUACCUGAACAUCACAGGAUUAUUGGUUUAAAGUGGAAGGAGAUUAUGCGUAUGAAAACCACCAUAAGACCUGACACAUGGCACGUGUUCUACAAGGGGGAUGGCCCACACCCUAGCCUUCCCUACGGGAGGCAGCAGAACACUGAGAGAUGGAGAACACACCUCUGGCAGUGGCACUGUGGGUUCCUGAACAGUGGAAAGUGUGGGGUACCAUUAGAUAAAAUCUAAGAACCAAACAUUCCCAUGCUGACCAGAAAUGGGGGGUGGAGGAGCUGUGGCUGCUUAGGGGACCCCAGGUCUUGUGGAAUGUGGGCCAGGCCCUCCAGCUUCUCCAGGCAGUUGGCAAAAACAUUUUCGUAGCAUUAAAAUGAUUUCCUAAC